CUUACUCAGCUCAACAUUUCUAAUCUCUCUCUUUCUCUCUCUGAGCUGGCUCAUGGCUACCUGUAUCAGAAAACCACCAUCCAAUCCCGAACCCCAGCUUCAAACUCCUCCCGCCAGAUCUCCUCUCUCCGAGAAUCUCUCUCCUCUCUCCUUCAUCUCUCCUCACACCUUAUCUCCCUUGAAGUUGAACGCUCCUAAGCUCGUAACUCCCACUUCUCUCCAUAUCGAUGACGACGACGACGAUGAGGACAUGAGUAUUUCAUCUGUUUCUGACACCAUAGUAGAAGGAAGAAUAAACGAAUUAUUCUCUGAUUACGAUCUCGAUGAUGACGAGGUUGUGAGGCGUUUAUACGACGAAGAGGAAGUGUUUGGGCCCAAGCCCAGCUUGAAAUUGAAUCGAGGAGUGUUGAAGGAUAUGAAUCUGAGAAUUGAAGUUCCGUUUGCUAACAGAAGAGUCACAGACGGUGAAUCAAGACUCCGGAGAUUGGCCAUUGCGAAUUCGACUCCCGGGAGUUAUCUCAGGGAGGAACGGCCGCACACUCUGAGCUCUAAGGGUUCGGUGUAUUGGGACGCUACUGAAGAUAUUGGAACACCAAGUGCACCGCCUAUAAUGGAUAUUGGAGAUGGAGAUAACAUUGUGGAGUUAGAGAAGGAAAUUGAGGAGAUUGAAGAUGAGAUUUGCAGAGAAGCAGGAGUUGAGAGUAUUCAUCAAGGACACAUUGGAGGCAUAACUGGUGGUGAUACAGUUUCUCAUUUGUAUAGUGAUAGUGUGAGGCAGACUCAAAGUGAGGAAGCUGCGCAAAUCGAGGACAUUAGCUCUGAUGAAUUAAAUUGCCAUACUAUCAGUGGUCAGUAUGCUUGGCAGAGUCUUCUAGCAUAUGAUGCUUGUGUAAGACUAUGUUUGUAUUCAUGGUCAAGGGGUUCUUCUGAGGCACCUGAGUUUCUCCGUGAUGAAUGUCGUCUUCUUCGUGGUGCAUUUGGGUUGCAUAAGUUUCUCUUGCAACCUCGGGGUGUUCGGUCGACUGAAGAAAGCAAAACUGUUAGAGUUGACCAAAAGACACCUUUGAAGUCUAAGAACCUGAUUAGAAAGUUAAGGGUGGAAGUAAAGAGACUUCGAUUGAUACCACAACGCAAACUUAGAGGCAUAGAUUCGCUCCGGAGUUUAAUGAGUACGCCAAUGGGGGCAGAGUAUUGCCGCCAAGUUUCAUCGCUUGUGAAGACUGGGAUGAGUUCUAUUAAAACGGCUACCCUCUCAGCAGUUUCAGAAGAACAAUUCUCCUGCUACCUUCAAAUGAAGAGCUCAUCAGAAGGAGGUCAAGUUGAAGAAGGGUCUUCUGUUUGUUUGCAUUCAGGAACUGGAAGCUACCAUGUCUUCUUUCCCGAGUCUGAAGGCGACGCUCUACUGAUAGAAGUUCAAGAUAAGAAGAAAUCAGUCCAAGGAAAAGUAACGAUUCCAAUGGCAUCCUUAACUGACAAUCCGAAUGAAAAUGUUAGAUGGUGGCCAAUAUACCAUGGUGAACAAGACUGUGUUGGCAAGAUCCAGCUCUUCCUUGGUAGCACGACCUCAUCCGAUGAAGACUGUCACAUAAAGAGUGCACCUGUUGUCGAGACUCUAGCAUACGAUUUGCUACUAGAAGCUGCCACACGUGCCCAAAGAUUCCAUUCUCAAAACUUAAGACUAAAUGGGACUUGGAAAUGGUUGUUGAGCGAAUUUGCAGAAUAUUAUGGAGUUUCUGAUUCAUAUACCAAGUUGAGAUAUCUCUCACAUGUAAUGAAUGUGGCAACUCCUACAAAAACCUGCUUACAACUUGUGCAUGAGUUACUUGUGCCCAUCCUAAGCGCUCGAAGUGAGAGGAGUUUGACCAGGCAGGAGAAAAGUAUCUUAAUGGAUUGUGAAAUAGAGAUAGAAAAACUCCUGGCAACUGUUUUUGAGAACUAUAAGUCCUUAGAUGAAAACUGCCCUUCAGGGUUGGCAGACAUAUCUGAUCCAGUGCAAGAGUCGACUUCAACAGCACUUUCUCCAGCUGUUCAGAUUUUUAGCCUCCUUCAUGAUAUACUGACUCCUGAAGGACAAGAAAUUUUGAAUAAUUACCUUAAGACAGCAGCAAAGAAGAGGUGCAGGAAGCACAUGGCUGAGACCGAUGAGUAUGUUUCCACCAGCUCUGAAGGUUUUCUUUUGGAUUCCGUUACCAUUUCUACAGCCUACCAUAAAAUGAAGAAUCUCUGUCUGAACAUAAGCAACGAAAUAGAGGCUGAUAUAAAGAUCGCCAAUGAGCAUGUACUCCCAAGCUCAAUUGACCUAUCAAACAUAGCCGCUGCCGUAUACAGUACUCAGCUAUGUAACCGGCUCAGAGCAUUUCUAUCAGCAGUCCCACCAUCUUGCCCACAGCCUCAUGUCAAUGACCUUCUGAUAGCAGUUUCCGAUUUCGAAAGGAGCCUCGAUUCAUGGGGCAUCAGUCCAGUACAGGGAGGUAUAGACUCUAGGGGAUUAUUCCAUAACUACAUAAUGGUUUGGAUACAUGAUAUGGAACUCAGGCUACUUGACCGAUGCAAAGCAGAAAAGGUUCCCUGGUCUGGUGUAAUAACAAACCACUCAACAUCACCGUUUGCUGAGGACAUGUAUGAGAGAAUAAAAGAUUCUCUUAUGGAGUAUGAAGUGGUGAUUAGUAGAUGGCCACAAUACACAUUGAUUUUGGAAAACACUGCCUCAAUCGUAGAGAGAGCCAUUGUUAAAUCUCUUGAGAAACAGUAUAGUGAUAUACUGACUCCUUUGAAAGACACCAUUCCAAAGAGGCUAAAUAUGCAUGUGCAGAAGCUGACAAGAAGGCAAUCAUCAGCUCUCUACUCUGUUCCAACUCAACUAGGAACUUUUGUCAACACCAUAAAGAGAAUUCUUGAUGUUCUACAUCAGAGAGUUGAGGAUAUUUUGAGACAAUGGGCUUCGUGUCUUCCUGUCGUUGAGGAUAAGAAGUCACUCUUUGGAGAGCAGAUGAAUGUCAUCACGGUCUUGCUCAGGACAAAAUACAGAAACUACAUGCAGGCCGCGGUUGAUAAACUUGUCAGCAACACGCAAUCAAACAAAACCACAAGGUUGAAGAAGAUCUUAGAGGAGAUAAGAGAAAACGAGAGAGAAGUCGAAGUCCGUGAGCGUAUGAAGAUGUUAUGCUCACAGAUCACAGACUCAAUCUCAAACAUGCACGAUGUCUUCACAAGUCAGAUAUUUGUAGCUUCAUGCCGUCUUUUCUGGGAUAGAAUGGCACAAGUGGUGUUGAAGUUUCUCGAGGGAAGAAAGGAGAAUGAAGUAGGCUACAAAGGCUCUUACUAUGCUCUUGGGAUAGUGGAGGACACGUUCGCAUCAGAGAUGCAGAGGCUGCAAGGGAACUCGUUACAGGAGAAGGAUAUGGAGGCUCCUCGUUCAGUGAUUGAGGCACGUUCCAUUCUCUCCAGAGACACGACCAAUCACUCUUCUUACUUCUAUGUCUAGUCCAAUAAUAUAUGUACACAGAAUCUCAUUCUUUUUCCAUUCAUUUGUUUUGUUAUAUCGUACAUAUAAAUAUAUAUAAAAAGACUAUUCAACAAGUUUUAAAUA